AUGGGAAACACAUCAAUGCCACGUGGAACCGCUACUGGUGAUUUCAAUAUAGAGGCAACAUCAAACUCGGGACCUCGAAAUUAUUGGUCAACCAACAAGAAUUUUGAUGCCGAUCCGUCCGACUCCUUCAUGAAUCAAGCACAAUCUACUGGAGAGCUAAAUUCUCAUCAAUUUUAUUCGAAAGUUGCCCUUCCGAAUACGUCCUCUCAUACCUUGUCUUCUCGUCCUCUCACAAGUACUGCCACCAGCAAACCUCCGAGCUCAACAAAAGAAGUCACAAAACCAACGAUCAGAGAUGCAUUGACACCUCCUCAACAAUCAUCAGGUGGUUUUACGUUUCAACACUACAAUCAACAAGCGUAUAAUAAUGAAUAUUUACCACCACCUCAACAAUCAUCAGGAUAUUUUCCAGAAACCGAACAGGUUCAAUUAUUUGGAAAUACUAAUUUUCAAGCCCAACCAUUUUCACAAUCCACUGGCUUCGUGACGUCUUCGCCAGUUGUACAACAAUUACCAUCAAAGACCUCGGCAAAACCACCUUCAAGAAAAUCAAUCUCUCCGAACAGUGUUUUUGAUGUCACAACGAGUCCACGAGAGACUGAACGUAAAUCAUUUAAGAAAGUUCAACCUAAAAAAGAACAAAAAGAAGAAGAAGAAGAGGAAUAUUCAAAUCUUCUUUCGACCACAAAAGCUCCACCAAGCUUAACAAUCUCUGUAUAUAUCAAUUUUGAAGAAAAGAAUAUUUUUGCAACCAUCACAGAUGCUUCCACUCUGGCACAAUUGAAAACGUUGGCAAAAGACAGAUUUAACAAGUUACAAAAUGAGGAUGACAAGAACAUUGAGCUCUAUUAUGACUCGGAUCAAGUGAAAAAUAUUGGAGUGACCGACGAUAAUGCAGUCAAUGUUAUGAAACGUACUUUUAGUAACAAACCUAACGAUAUUUCUGUGCUCAAAGUUGUUUUAAAUAAGCCAAUGGAUCCAGUGAAUGCUAAUGUAGAAAUUGCAUACAAAUUUUCUGUAGAAUAUGUCAAUAAUGUUUUUCAAACAUCGACCAAGAAAUUUAAAAUGAAGGUAUCAUCCACCGAAACCAUUUCCUCAUUUAUUGUAAAGAUUGCUGAGCGAUGUGACCUUCCUCAAGCAAAGGAUUUAUAUUCCUUACAAUUUUUAGACAAAACAUUUGAACAAUUUAUUGAUAUUAAGGACAUGGAAGAGAUGGAAUUGGACAAGGAAGGAGUGAAUCAACUCAAACUCAAGAAAAACACAACCAUUGCCAAAAAAUUUGGAGCAGAUAGUAUGGCUAACUAUUCGAAUGCUUUCCUUGGAAUCUUGAUCAAGAAUAGAUAUCUCACAACCGAUAUUCUAGGAAAAGGUGGAUACGGCAUUGUGAUUGGAUGUGAAGACACCAUCACAAAUGAAAAACUCGCCAUUAAAUUCAUUCUCUCCAGCAAUGAUCAUUAUGACAAAGAUGAAGACGUACGUAAAGAAGAAGAGAGUGCCAAAAGAGAAGCCAUGUUUAUGGAGAUGCUGCAACACGAACAUAUUGCAACAGUGAAACAAGUAUUUACAUGGAAAGAAGUUUUGGAAGAAACACCAGCAUUUAGUGGCAAUUUGUUAUUCUCUCCGUUACUGUGUAUUUUAAUGGAGCGAUACAUGUAUGGCAAUGUAAUGCAAACCAUACUUCUCGAUCAGGGCAAGAAAGGUCCAAUUUCCUUGAAACUUGUGUUCCAAAUUAUCUUCCAAAUGUCCAAAGCUGUAUCUUUUAUUCAUGCACAGAGUAUUAUUCACAGAGAUAUCAAACCACAUAACAUGCUCAUUCGAUCAUUUGAUCCCUCUACCAAUGAUAUUCAUGUGGUGUUAUCAGAUUUUGGAACGGCCAAAUCAGAUGUUCAUACGACACGACAUACACAGAUUGGAACAUUGCUAUUCGAAGCACCUGAGGUAUUGCUUCAUCAUUCCUAUGGGCUUUCUGCAGAUAUGUUUUCACUAGGAGUGACAUUAUUUCAAUUACUUUCCCUUAAUAUUGACUACAAUGUUUCAUUUAAAUUAAUUCAAAACGAAAAAGAAUGUCAAAACGAAAUGAUGAACUUGAUACUCAGAAAUUAUGCAAGCUAUCAAGGAGAACAAGCUUACAAAGACAUUGUUCUUAAAGGAAUGGUUAAUAUCGUGCAGAGAUUAUUAAAGCUGUCACCACAAGAUAGAUUGACAAGCCAACAACUCGCACAAGAAUUGGAUAUUUUGGAAAUUGAAAUUUAUUAA